AUGACAACACAUAGUAGUACCGAAGACCUCGUCAGCCAUCUCCAGUCCAUUCUGCUGGAGCUCAACGCGAACCCCUAUCCUGAUGUCGCGUGUCCGCCAAACCUGCCUAAACGCGCUUCUGUAGCCCUCAUCCUUCGCAUACAACCAAACUACUCGCAUUGGCCUGACAGCUCCGAUAGCCCUUUGCCGCCUCGACGCAGACGAUCAUCUGUCGCACAGCCUCAUUCCGAAUUCGACUUUGAGUCGUCACUAAGCGCCUUCUUCUCACAAGAAUGGGUCAAGCACGGCGACCCCGAGCUACUGUUCAUAAAGCGAGCUGCACGGAUUGGUGAUAAGUGGAACGGACAUGUUGCGUUGCCAGGUGGAAAGAGGGAUCCAGAGGAUGAGGACGACCAGGCAGCAGCAGCUAGAGAAGCGCUCGAAGAGGUUGGCAUUGAUCUGAGCCCUGCCAAUGCGAUCGCGGUCGGUAAUCUGCCGCAGCGGAUCGUCACGACGAGCUGGGGCAAAGUACCGUACGUCGUCACACUCAACAUCACUUAG